AGCUGCGCUCGAGCUGCUGCUAUGGUGUUCUUAAAGUUCGCAGAUCCCGUGUUGAAAGACUACAUCAAAUCACAUUCACUCCCCCAGAUUUAUGAGGCAUUGCUUAUUGGAUUAUUUGUUCAAUGUCCUGAUGAUUCAUUAAAAUACUUGGAAGAGAAAAUUAAAGAACUACAAAGCAAAAUGAAAAACUAUCAAUUGCUUUUGUCAAAUGCAAGGGGUCUGGAUUUGAGCUGGGAUAUGUUUAUUGCUGACGAAUUAAGGCAACGAAUGACCAAAAUGAUAGGCAGUUAUUUAAGCUAUCUGUUUGAUCUGGAGUCAGGUGAAGUGCUUGCUCCACAAUUGUAUGAGAAAGCAUAUUUCUUCCAUUCAAAUGUUUUAUUGAGGAGGUGCUUUUGUGGAUGGAAAUUGUAUAUCGAAAAAUUAAGAAAAUAUCAGAUGAAAAUGUUAGAAUAUCUCUCAAAAGCUGACCAUUUUUAUACAAAGAAAAAAUUAAAAGUGGCGUUUAACACAUGGAUGAAAUGGGUGCAGUUCCAAAAGAUGCAACAAAGCUUGGCAGUGAAACAUUUACAACAUGUCAGUGAUCAGCUUUUGUGCAAGAUUAUUUUACAGUUGUGGAGUGCUUUGGCAAAAGAGACGAGGAAAACUCGAGAGUACUUUGAUCGCCUGGAACGAGGGGAAUUGGAUGAUGAGAGUGAUACACAAUUGACAACUCCAAAAAAUCUAAAGGAUAUUGUUUCCACUUUACCUUGGUCAGUUGAACUAAAGAUUUUCAGUUAUCUUGGUGUUAAGGAGCUGGUAAGAUCUGCACAAGUUUGUCAAGCCUGGAAGGUGAUUGCACAGACAAGUUCUCUCUGGAGCAAGAUUAAUUUUUCCCCAGUAAGAAAACAGAUUGAAGACAAUGAUAUAGCAAAUCUUUUGCGAAGCUAUCGUCCUUUUGUUAUUCAGUUGAGCUUUCGUGGAUGCAGCAAUAUUGGUUGGGCGACUUUCAAAAGUGUCAGUGACUGUCGAAAUCUGCAGGAUCUAAAUUUAACAGAAUGCGCACAUGUAACAGAUGAAUUUGUGUCUAUGGUGGUGGAAAUGUGUACUUCGCUUCUGUACCUGAACCUGGCUUACACUACUAUUAGUGAUGGUACACUGAGAUCAUUAUCAAAGUUUGGGUUGAAUCUACAGUAUCUGAGCCUAGCCUACUCAAAGAAAUUCACAAAUAAAGGUUUGCAUUACCUUGCCACAGGGAAGGGCUGCCACAAGCUCGUCUACCUGGACAUUUCAGGUUGUACUCAGAUCUCAGUGAGAGGCUUUAGGUCAUUAGGAAUUGGCUGCAGUGAUAUUGAGCAUCUUGUAAUCAAUGACAUGGCAACUCUUACUAACAGCUGUAUCUCAGUCAUGGUUGGUUACUAUUACAACCUGACUACAAUUUCACUUCUUGCCUCUCCUCACAUAUCUGAUGCAGCUAUUAAAGCUCUUGUCCAAGGGAAGAGAAUUACCAAAGUUAAAAUUGAAGGUAAUCAACAUAUUAGUGAUGCAUCUUUAAAAAUGAUCAGCAGAAAUUGCCCAAACCUGAAUCACCUUUAUGUGUCUGACUGCCCAAGGAUUACAGAUAAUAGCCUGAAAUCAUUGGCAACAUUGAAACAUAUCAUUGUGUUGAAUAUUUCAGAUUGUAUAAGUAUCACUGAUGGAGGCAUAAGAAAUUUUAUGGAUGGUCCUUCAGCUUCAAGGCUCAGAGAACUAAAUCUAAGCAACUGCAUUUUUAUUACUGAUUUAUCAUUGCUGAAAAUUGCACAGCGGUGCCAUAGUUUAACACAUCUGAGAUUGCGUUACUGUGAACGCUUAACUGACAGUGGAAUUGAGUGGCUUGGGAACUUGCCUGUAUUGAACACCAUUGACCUAACAGGAACCAACAUACAAGAGCAGAGCUUAGGAGGUCUCUCCAACAACACCAGGAUAAUAGAGUUCACAGUGGCAGAGUGUUCAGGAGUUACUGAUAUUGGAUUACAGAAAUUCUGUCAUAAGAUGUACGAUCUGGAAUAUUUGGAUAUCUCCCAUUGCCUCCAAGUCUCUGAUUUCAGUACAAAGACGCUGGCUUUCUGUUGCAGAAGGCUCAUUUCACUGAACAUCGCCGGCUGCCCAAAGAUUACUGACUUAAGCAUCCAAUACUUGGCUGGGGUUUGCCAUUAUAUCUACUUCUUGGAUAUCUCAGGUUGUGUCAAUCUCACUGACUCAAUAUUCAACUUCCUUACGAAAGGCUGCAAAAAGCUACGGGUUCUGAAGAUGCUUUACUGCACAAACAUCUCACAAGAAGCUGUCAAAGCAAUAACCAAUGUUCAGCAUUUGGAAUACAACGACGAGAACCCACCUUUAUGGUUUGGAUAUGAUAACGAAGGGAAUGAGCUGGUCGCCAACAUGGAGGAUGAAUAGAGAUGAAAUGCUUAAUCAUCAAAUUGUUAAAAAACAGAAAUUUACUUCCUAUAUAUAAGAUUAUAUACUUUUAAUAAUCCAUAGAUGUGAUCUUCUUUGACCAUUUGUGAAACAAAAAAUUAAUUUAACAAUUAAAAGUUCAAGAUAGAGAUUGUAUUUGUAUUGAAAGACAACCAGAUUGAUUACCAAAAUCAUUUUAACGAGUGUCCACAAGAUAUUACAAUUAAAGUUGUAUCAACAGUCAA